AUGUUACAUGGACGCGGAAGCUGCGGUGAGGAGUUUGCCGAGGACUUCCUCGCAUCAGUACUUUCGGACGGCUGCACUCUGAAAGAUAAACUGCCUGGUUGGCGCUGGGUAUUCCUUUCCUCAAAGGAACUAUGGAGCACUGCUUUUCGAGAACACAUGCCUGCUUGGUUCGAGGCACACUCUUUAACGGAUCCUACCGUGCGGGAAGAGUUACAAUUGAAAGGUCUCCGCGAAUCGGUGGAUUACAUCUCGCAGGUUAUGGAAGAGGAGGUGGAGCGACUUGGUGGUAACUGGAAAAGUCUAGUCCUUGGUGGAAUCAGUCAGGGUGCUGCGGUUGGGAUGUGGGCUUUGCUCUGCCAGCGAGAUCGAGUAAAGGGAUUAGGGGGGUUCUUCGCCGCCAGCACUUGGCUUCCUUUCGCGGCUGAUGUCGAAGAAAUCCUGGCUGAUCAGAAGAUGUCGUCUGAAAAGAGUCAUCAGUCGAAAAACAUGGGACCUAAGAAUGAGGUUCUUAGCAUGAUAUCAACCGUUGCUGGACAGCCCAGCCUAGGCACACUGGAACAGACUCCGGUCUUCAUGGGCCACGGCAUUGAUGACGCAUACGUGGACGUGGAAUUGGGUCGGCAGGCAGCAUAUAUCCUGACGCAAGGGGGAUGGCGUGUUGAAUGGAAAGAGUACGAAGGGGCAGAGGAGGAGGGGCACUGGUUCAAGGUGCCGGGUGAGAUGGAUGACAUCUAUCAUUUCAUCACAGCUAAAGUCGCGGCUAGGUAG